UUUACUGUUAUCGUCAACACUACGCAAUCUUUUUUAAUCGUUAUUUACGUUUUUUUGCAUUAAACAAUAAAAGCUUAGUUGGACAAAAGAGUUAACCGUAGGAUUUUUGACUAUUUACUAUAAAUAAGACAAAGAAACAAUCAUUUAUUGGAGCCAGCUGAUUCCUGAUAAUACAGAUGGGGGAUACUCCGCGGAAAAGGGAAAAACAACCCCCAAGUGGUAAAAGCGAGGGUGUUUAAGAGUUGCUGCUCAGUUGCGAUUUGCAAGUGCCAUCGAGAUAAGCUGCUCUGACUAGUAUUCCGACUGCAGCACAAAAAAAAACAAAUGUUGAAAUAUAGACAUCACUAAGUCGAGCCCCCUCACCCCCCGCAAUCAUCGUGAUGUCUUGGACGUUGUGAAAUAGUAAUACUCACCAUUCUAAAUCGUCAUCCGGAAGCGCGGAACCGUGGAAAUCCCCCGUUAGAAUGGCUCUCGCCAGUGCCGCUGCUGCCCUCUUGAAGGGAUCACAAACGCCGUUGCAACAGCUUCUGGAGGACAUUAACUUCCAGCGCACCAAGGAGAUGCGUCAGCUGCUUAAGGACGAUGGCGGAUUCGUGGUUUUGCAAGGUACCACCUACUGGACGGACCUGUUCGUGCGGCACUUCCUCUUCCAAACAGAGCCCGUGCACAGCAUCGACUCAGACGACUUGCUGUUUUUUGUACGCAAGAAGCACGUGAAGAGCUCCUCGCGCCACAUGCCAAAAUUUGAGACUGAGGUGGAGGUGUUCCGCAAGGACUCGCGCAAACUGCCCAUCGGAGAUCCCGAUGUGGACUGGGAGGAGACAGUUUAUCUCAAUAUGGUCAUCCACCAGUUCGAUUACACACUGACACUGGCCAUUUGUACAAGAACCUCGCCUAAGGAGCUUCAGGUGCUAAGGAGGCAUUCCCAGAGGGUGUACGCCAGUCCGAGUCGCAGGAAGAUGGACACCAAGGGCGAGGGCGAAGAGAUCACGUAUCCGCACAUCUGUUUCAUGGUGGACAACUUUGAUGAAGUAUUCAGCGACAUCCUUGUGCGCGACGGGGAAAUGGUGUGCGUGGAACUGGUGGCCAACGAUAAAGAUGGAGCGGUCCAGGGUGUGAUCUUCUUAGGAUCCAUACGAUACGAUGCCUUGAAGAAAGUAUACGAUGCCAGGCAAUCUAGUCUGAGUUCCAAGGUGGCCCAGCGCAUGUCCUUUGGCCUAUUCAGCAGUGGUGCUGGCGUCCAGACUCGGUGUGAGUUUGUCCGGAUGAAAGGACCGCAGGGAAAGGGUCAUGCCGAGAUGGCAGUGACCAAGCCAAAGGGAUCCGGGGUGGAGACUCCAACCAGCGAGCCAGGAUUCUGCGCCACUGACAUGUGGGAUGAGUGGGAGGAGGAGAAUGACGACUAUUGCACUUAUCGGCACCAGCGACGUCUUAGCGAUCCGAGCGCCAAUCUUAAUAACUUCUCACGCUACGGCUGGCGUACCAAAAACUCGAAUAACCAGGACAUGGUGGGUAGCGGUACCAGUCCCAGUGUAGGAGCAAAGGCGCGAUCGGAAAACGAGGGUCUGGACUCACUGGCAAGCGAGGUGUCCGAGAUCGAGGCCGGAGAUCUUCGUGAUGAUCAGCAACGUCCUGCUUUCUCGGCCUCAGCGGCAAAACUGCACCCAAAUCCGAAUUGCGAAAACCACAAAAUCGCGACUGGUGACCAAGAAAAGUUGCCCCGAGAAUCUCCAAGUGAGAGUACAUCCGCGGCUCCAGCAGCAACUGCUGUUCCAGCUGUAACUCCGCCACCGUUGAGUGCCGCCGUGGAAGUCACAGUAUCGGGGGAAAACAAUGGUACUGGACAAAGCACAUCCACUGGCUGUAAUUGCUUUGGUGGCAAAAAGUGCAAGAAGCGCUGGGCAUCGGCCAAAAACACGGACACCCCAGAGAUGUCCGAGGUAUACUGCCCCAGUUGCGAGGAUCCGUCCAACGAGUCGCCCGCUUGUCUGGCCAAGAUUCCCGACAAGAGGCCAACCCGUCUAAGGCCCAAAACUAGCAUCUUAAGUGUGGAGAGCGAACUGCUGGUUGGCAAAAGAAACAGUUUCCGGCUUCCAUCGGAGAACAAACGAACCACAGGGGGAAGCAUCACGAGAAGCGCCUCCCUGAGCGCAGCAGAUCGCAGAACUAGCCUUCCUGUAGCAACAAAGAAGAUCAUACCCCCAAGACUGCGUACAGCCAAAGCCAAGGAUGUAGAGAAGGAUAAAGAUAAAGAUAAGGAUAAAAACAAGGAGAACGACAAAAAGUCCUCAAAUCAGAAGGUCAACGGCUCAACGACAAAUUUUCUGUCCAAGAUGUCGCCCAAACGGCUUAAAGCUAGCAAGGAUAAGGACAAGGACAAAGCAAUUGACAAGGAAAAGGAUAAGGACAAAGGCAAAACGAGUGCUGCAACCAAAAUUAAAUCUGUCAAUAAUAAUAAUCCAAAGACGGAGACCUCCAAAACCGAAGAGUACGAGAUCGCCGAUGAUGCUACCUCUCUGAAUGGUAGCGAGUCGGAAGGGGCUGGAGCUCCUAAGAUGGCCAUUUUAAGUGAGAGCGAUAGUAAACUCAUGAUUAGUGUUCGUGGACGGGAAGAGCUUCCGGUGGUGGAGUCCCCAAAGACCCCACCAAAACGCUUUGAAAAAUGUGUCCGCUUGCCUAUUGAACCGGAGAGUCAUCCGUUGCAGCCAAAAGAGAACAAUGAGAACGAGGAGAGUGAUAUAACCAAGGUGAUUUCUCCCACGGAACUAACACCCAUGCUGGAUGUUGCAAAUGGCAACCAGGAGGCCACCAGUGCUACACUUCCGAGGACAGCCAAACAGGCUCAUGUCAGUAAGAUGCUGCAUUUGGUGCCCAAACGUAGAACUCCCGAUGGCACCAACAUCUACUACUGGUGUGAUGUUCCCAAAAAGGCAAUAAAAGAACUCGACGAUGGCGCCUAUAAUCCUCUGUGGACCAGUCGAGGAUUCACUCAGUCCUUUCAUUUCUGGAAGGAGAAUAGAAGACAGCAGUCCACGCCGCUUAAUGCAUUCCUCACCUAUGUGACACUGCCCUGGUGGAGUAUUGCAAAAGACCUUUUGGAUCACCGGGAAACGCCUAUUCUGACCUUUUAGUAUUAACUUAAUUUUCAAUUGUGAUUUAUGGCCCUUAUGCUUUAUAGUUCUCACUUGUAUUCUCUAUUAACCGAUUGAAUGCCAACCGCGUGAUCCCAGUUUGAUUUAUCAGUAUAUUCGCUUUUUAUGAGUUUCCUAGGGCGCAUCCUCUCGGAUCAAACUACUUGGUGAGCGCAGAGCCAACCUACAAAUUUAUGAACUACGAACUACGAUAGUGAACACUGUUACCGAUGAUAUGGAAAUAUAUAAUUGUAAUAUUAUUUGUAAAUUGUACUGCAACAUUUAUACCACGAAAUAUAUACCAAAUAGAAAAGAAA